UAUCAGCUAUAUACUUCGGCAUUCCAUGGAACUCUGGCGGAGUCGGGCGUAUCUGAUGUCCUGUCAAUCAAAGUCGCCAAGGCGUGUGUGCGACAAAUAAUUGUGUAUAUUUCUUCUCAAGACAAUGGUAUCUUUGUUUUUCUCGCAGCCAAUGACACCCGCUAUAUCAGGCAUGGAGGAACAGGAGAAAUUGCUGGAGGACGCGAUCGGCGUGGUGAAGGUCCAGGCUUUCCAGAUGAAGCACUGCCUGGACAAGACCAAACUAAUGGACGCGCUGAAACAUGCCUCUACCAUGCUGGGAGAACUCAGGACCUCUCUUCUGAGUCCGAAGAGCUACUACGAAUUGUACAUGGCAAUCACGGAUGAGUUGCGGCACCUGGAGCUCUAUUUGUUGGACGAAUUUCAAAAAGGGAGGAAAGUUACGGAUCUCUACGAAUUGGUACAAUACGUUGGCAAUAUUGUGCCCAGACUCUAUUUACUUAUCACUGUUGGACUGGUUUACAUCAAGACAACGCCGGGCUUGAAAAGAGAUCUUCUGAGAGACCUCGUGGAAAUGUGUAGAGGCGUGCAGCAUCCACUGCGCGGUCUGUUCUUAAGGAAUUAUCUGUUGCAAUGCACGAGGAAUAUUUUGCCAGACGUUACCGAGGGCGACGAUGAAGAUGGAACUGUUCGCGACAGCAUAGAUUUUGUUCUGAUGAAUUUUGCUGAAAUGAACAAAUUGUGGGUACGUAUGCAACAUCAAGGUCACAGUAGGGACAAAGAAAGAAGAGAAAGGGAAAGAGAGGAGCUCAGAAUUCUAGUCGGAACAAAUCUUGUACGACUCAGUCAACUGGAAUCUGUAACGUUGGAUAAAUAUAAAAAGCUUGUAUUACCAGGAAUCUUGGAGCAAGUUGUUAGUUGUAGGGACGCAAUAGCACAGGAAUAUCUUAUGGAGUGUAUAAUUCAAGUCUUUCCCGAUGAAUUCCACUUACAAACGUUGAACGCGUUUCUGAAGUCCUGUGCGGAAUUGCAAAAUGGAGUGAAUGUGAAAAACAUAAUUAUAUCGUUGAUCGAUCGACUUGCAGCCUUCAGUCAACGGUCCGACGGUGUAGGUGGGCCGGGAAGUCCAAACCAAGUGCCAGGAAUUCCACAAGACGUCAAAUUGUUUGACGUAUUUAGUGAUCAAAUUGCAACUAUCAUACAGACGAGACAAGAUAUGCCUCCCGAGGAUAUAGUGUCCCUCCAAGUGGCACUCAUAAACUUGGCACACAAGUGCUAUCCCGAUCGCGUAGAUUACGUGGAUAAAGUCUUGCUUACAACGGUUCAAAUAUUCCAGAAACAAAAUGUCGAUAAGUUGGAGUACAAUAGUGCUGUUUCACGAGAACUAGUUAGAUUAAUGAAAAUUCCCGUAGACAAUUACAAGAAUAUAUUAACUGUUCUUAAGCUCGAGCACUAUGCGCCCCUUUUGGAGUAUUUCGAUUAUGAGGGCAGGAAGUCACUGGCUAUAUACAUAAUAACGAAUAUUCUGGAGAACGAAACGUUGAUUCCGAUGCAAGAGCAAGUGGACGCAGUGCUCUCGAUGGUGACCUCCCUGGUUCAAGAUCAGCCAGAUCAGCCCAAUAUAGAGGAAGAUCCCGAAGAUUUUGCCGAGGAACAGGGAUUGCUUGGUAGACUAAUACAUCAUUUCAAAUCGGAAACGCCGGACCAGCAAUAUAUGAUACUGAGCGCUGCGAGGAAACAUUUCAGCGCUGGCGGUAACAAAAGAAUAAAAUUCACUCUACCACCCAUAGUUUUCCAAAGUUAUCAAUUAGCCUUCACGUACAAAGCAUUGAAGGAUCAGGAUGACAUGUGGCAAAAGAAGUGUCAAAAAAUUUUCCAGUUCUGCCACACGACCAUCACAGCGUUAAUGAAGGCCGAAUUAGCCGAGCUACCCUUACGACUAUUUCUGCAAGGCGCAAUAGCGAUCGGCGAGAUUCGUUUUGAUAAUUUCGAAAUGGUUGCUUACGAGUUCAUGAGCCAGGCGUUCUCGAUAUACGAGGACGAAAUAAGCGACUCGAAGGCACAGCUCGCAGCGAUCACCUUGAUCAUUGCCACAUUCGAGCAAAUGAGUUGCUUCGGCGAGGAAAACGCAGAGCCUGUACGCAAUCAGUGCGCUUUGUAUGCCAGCAAAUUGUUGAGGAAGCCUGAUCAGUGUCGGGGAGUCGCCACUUGUUCGCAUAUAUUUUGGUCUGGAAAGUCUUUGGCUACAGGCGGGAAAGAGAUGCAAGAAGGUGGUAAAGUAUUGGACUGCUUGAAAAAAGGUAUUAGGAUAGCGAGCCAGUGCAUGGACACGUCUGUGCAAGUACAACUGUAUGUGGAGCUGCUGAAUCACUACAUUUACUUCUACGAAAAAGGAAACACAGCUGUAACCGUGCAAAUAUUGAAUCAAGUGAUUGCGAAAAUUAGAGAGGAACUUCCCAAUCUGGAAGCGAGCGAAGAAACCGAUCAAAUACAGAAACAUUUAGCAAAUACGUUAGAGCAUUUAAGAAAUAGGAUGGAAUCGCCAGACUCCGAUGGACUCUCUUAUCAAGGUCUUGUCCUUUAACAGAGCGGGAUCGAUUCAUUGUAAUUUUGUAAAUAAAAUAUUUCUAUAAUAUAUAUAGGCAAUAUUGUAAGUUGGUUGCACCAAUUGCAGUUAAUAUUGAUUCUGAUUAAUCUUAUUCUCAUUCUACAUUUUCUCAAACAGGAUUUAUAAAUUAGAAAUGGAAAAAUGGAAGAUGAAUAACUAAAUCAGGAUCAAUUUGUUGCGAUUGUUGUUGCAAUUCAUAUGAGAUCAAUAGUUAUGAGAUUAUUUCUUAACUGGAUAUAGAUGUUUAAAUUAUAUAAAUUGCCUACACACGAAAUGAUUUGUCAACGAUAUAUCAAGCGUACAUAUUGGACUUAAUUAAUAGAAUUAUAUGUAUACUUGUUUUAAUAAAGAUUUAUUACAUAUA